AUGCUCCACCUCACAACCCGCUCUUAUUAUGCACCUUCCAUGCGGCUGCUUGCCGCCAAACGACAUUUUUCGGCUAGCGCAAGACGUGGACAGGCACUCCGCCAACGGGUCGAGGAGAUCGACUUCCAGGUGACUCCGGCGCAAUUUCGGCGCAUCGCGGCUACUGCCAAAGACCGCGUCAACGCCAUUGUCAUCCGGCACCAAGCCAACCCGCGCUCUUCACUAGAUCCCGAGAGCUCCUUCGAUCUUGCGGCCGAACUUUCAGCUUUGACCAGAUGGUUCGUACGAGACGAAGUGACGAAGUGGACAUGCCUGUCUUCCGAGUUCAGGUCGGAGCUGCACCACAAUGUCCCCUAUGAACUCAUCAUUAGCAAAGAGGAUGGCUCGCCGUUCGAAGAAGAUGAGUCCUGGAUUAAAUUCAGGCAUUGGAUCAGCAAGAAACAACACAGCCCCGCGCUUUCAUACGCCUUGGAGUCGUGGGCCGCUCAUGAGAUUCAAAUACGGCGGGAGAACGGCCGGCUCAUAAAGGACUUCAUGCAAUUCAGUGCGCCACUAGCCUUGUUCGACGCCGUUCUGAAAUACAACCAAACCAGGCCAGAAGGGUGCAAACCAGUCGGGAGGCUCUACGUCGCCCAAAUGCCCCUGACGGAUCUGCCCCCUCGUCUUCGACCUGACGUCGCCGCUCCCAAGCUUCUCGCGGCUCCGACUACCCCGGAAGUUCCUUUUGUAUGCGACAUCUACAGCAGCAGCCUUUGGCUCGGUUUACAACCGACGUUCACGCCCUGGCACCGCGACCCCAACGAUAACUUGUUCUGCCAGCUAGUCGGCUCCAAGACGGUCAGGCUCUUGCCGCCGGAGGCCGGUGAGCAGCUGUUCAGGAAGGUCACAACAGAACUAGGGAAGCCCGGCGCCAGCGCCACCAUUCGGGACGAGGAAAUGAUGAAUGGCGCAGAACGCCGGGCGUGGCACGAGGCUGUAUGGGGCCCGGGUGCGCCCAAGUCGAUUCUUGAGACGACGGUAAACGCCCGAGACAUGCUGUUGAUUCCCAAGGGAUGGUGGCACAGCGUCGAAAGCACGGGCGGUCAGAGAGGUGACCUGAACGUGUCUGUGAACUGGUGGUUCCGAUGGAGGGACCCGAGCUUGUCGAGUCACAGACCUUCUCGUAAGGAAGGAAUAUCUGGGUGA